AAAGACUACAUCCAUGCCAACUCCCUCAAAAACCUUUGUCCACACCCUUCCCAAGACGCCUUGCAUCCACAUAUGUACAUAUGCUGCUCUUCCCCUUCCUAGCGUCGCUCUAGCCCGCUCGCUGCCCAGGGUCCACGCGCUGUCUGCUUACUGAACCAUCAACUAAGCUCUUGCCGGUUGCGACCGGACAGACGCACGCUUAGCAAGCACUGGAUCAACCAUCUGCCUUUCUACUUCCCUAGCCCGGCUGCUCUGUUGCCCACGCUUUUUUUUCUGGGGGAACGCCCGUCGUGAUUACUGCAACCAUGGAACCCAGGCAAGACGAUCAAAGCCCCCCACAGGCAUCGCCCACCACUUCGACUACUACCACCACUACCACCUAUGGCCCCCAUACUACUACUGUCUCAACCACUCACACCACUCCGGGACAGGGGACUACGCUACACCACUCUCCAGAGGGUUCAACUACCAUCACUCACCCUACUGUUACCACCACCACCCACAUACCUGCGCCCCAACCUUCUGCCUCAUCACAGCGCGUGCACCAAGCGCCAUCGUAUCCCCUAAGACUACGCAGUUCCUCCAUCCGCGCCCAGAGAUCUUCACUCCCACCUGCAAAUACUUCACAGACUAUCCAAGAGGCCGAUGCAGCGCCCGCUCCUUCCUCACAUCAAGCUCUAGCUGUCGACAAUGCAUGGCAAGGUGGUCGUAGACGAAGCAGUUCCGAGCCGCGCCCGCCUCCACAAGCCAUGUUCAACGACGAUGCCCUGCGGCCUCAACUGACAGGAACGACACAUUUACAGCCAUUGUACGAACAUGAUUCACAAGCUACAACCCCUUUUUCUGGCAAUGGUCCUCCGCCGGCUCAAGGUACUAGCAACCCGCGAAAAGGCCUUACUCGGACGUCUUCAGCCUUUCAUAUGCGCCGCAGCGAGAAGACUCCCCGUCAAAACAUGAUGGGUGAUAAUGUCGUUGAUGUACUCGAUGUCAUUGACCCCGAAAUAUCUACCCUGACGACACUAAACAAUGUUCAAAACUCGCUGUUUAUACCCAAUCUGCCCUGGCUCUACAAUCGCCAGCCUACAUACGAUCUGGUUCAGACUGAGUCCGAGUCAUCGGACGAAGAAAUGGGCACGGCCAGGGGGGCAAGAACCGCAGAAACGACACGAACAGGCGAAGCAGGACGACCAACGAGUGAUGCACGUGGUGAUGAUGGUGAGUUGCUUCGCCGAAACUCAAUCGACUCAGUUCUGUCCACUAUGGAGGAAGGCCCCGGUCACCACUAUGCCGUGCUCCCUCACGGUGCUUCCUUGACAGGAUGGACAGACGAGGAGAAGGCAGCUCUCGAUGACCAUGUGCGCCACCUCCUCCACUCGCGACGCGCAAAGUUUAAGCGGACCAUGAAGGGUUUCGGACGCUACGUCCGCAACCCGCUCGGCUUUAUUGUCACCUUGUACUUCUUCCUUAUUACCUUUUGGGGAGCAGCAUGGGUUCUGUUUCUUAUCGGUUGGAUCUAUGUCGGCCACCGACAAGAUUAUUUUGUUGAAAUCGCCGACCAGAUUCUUACCGCUCUAUUCUGUGUGGUUGGAAUCACCAUGUUUCCCUUCCGCCUUGUCGACACUUACCACAUGGCUUUUGUCGCCUACUACGCGCACAAAACCUGGAGGAUUCGCAAAGAGAGGGGCCUAAAGGAACUCAAAGAUCACAACGAGCUGCCAGCUAUGCCACCAGCUUCUGCCUGGGAAACUGGAGAAGCGAUGCAGGAAGAUGUGGAGACACCUGUGUUGACUGCGGAGGAGCAAAAGAAACUGGAACAUCACCAGGGCAAGUUGGCCAAAUCGCAUACGUUCUAUCGGCCUCACGAGACAUACACGCACCAUGCCUUUUCCAUUCGCCUGCUCAUCACCAUUAUCGUCCUUCUCGAUUUCCACUCCAUGUUCCAAUGUGCCCUUGGUGGCACUACAUGGGGUAUCUACUACAAGAAUCGGCCCAAAGAAGUCACCGCUAUCAUCCUCAGCUGCAGUCUUACAUGCAAUAUUACUGCUGGCAUCCUCAUUGGCCGAGGCGACCGGCGCAGCCGCAAGACACUAGUCGUAGAGCAGAUGCUCCGCCAAGAAAUGACAGAGGAAGCACUCAAGAAGUUAAGGAAGGAACGCGGUAUCAAGGCAAAGGGACUUAUGAACAAAACGGAGAAGAAGCAGAUGAAUAAGAAGUUGGGUCAGAAGACCAAGAAUCCAUUGGACACUAUUUUGCAUCGCGGUUAAACUACUAGCGUUGUUGUUUACGUUUCUUCAAAUAGUAUAGAAAAGUUUUGUGAGAAGCCAUAUUCUCGUUGUAUUGGAUUUAAUGACAUAUACCCUUUCUGGCGGUCUCGGUUGCCAUUUCUCUUCACAUGUAAUACCAUAUUUGUUCAUUCAGCAUUACUCAGUCUGACCGCAUCGAGCUAUACUUUGUUCUCCAUUUCCGAAUCUGAUCACUCCUCUUUUUUUUCCACCUCCCUACAUCGCUUUUCUUUCUCUCUUAAAACCCUUGCUUCCCCAAAAGAGGUAAAGAGCGAGUUUCCUCAAUCGUCUUCGUAUCUCCCACUUGGCCCACCUUCCCUUUUCGACAACUGGAAACUUACGAGUAAUGGCAUGUCCCCUUCCGUAACCCAAC